CUCUCAUGCACCUCCCCCUCUCCCCAGCAUCAUCUAACUCUAAAAGCGAAAAGAAGAAAAUGGCUGCAUCUCCAUCUAUUGUCAAAGCCAAAAUAUCCGAUGUUAGCAGCGUUGACAUCCUGUUCCCUUCUUAAGAAUAAAAUUUCAAUUUUUGUUUCCCAAGUCCUUAAAAGGGUAGGGCAGAUGCGAAAGAGAAAUUAAAUAAAGAACAUAUGUACAUCACCUUGCAUAACCCCGAAUUAACUUCCAUCUAUUUAGAGCCGUAUUUCUGAUGAGCUCUCAAUAAGAGGAAAGGAGUGGUUUGCUUAUAAUGGCACUAAGACAAGGAAUGAGUUCCCAAAUCAUUCUAAAAUAGUUGAAGGGUUUUCAACACAGGGUUCCUGCUGAAAUAUGCCUGAGAAUUCUCUCUCUCUCUCUCUCUCUCUCUCUCUCUCUCUCUCUCUCUCUCUCUCUCUCUCUCUGUGUGUGUGUGUGUAUUUCACUCUGAAAGUGAUGUUUUUCCAUCUUACCUCACCUCCAGAUACUACAUCCAAGCAAAGUAGAGAACAUUGAUGCACAUGGGGAGGUAGCCUGAAAUGACAUGUUCUGUUGGCAAAAUUGUGACUCUAGUUGGUAUAGCCAGGUUCCCGUGGAAUCACCCCUUCCCAUAUGAUUUAUGCCCUUCUACGCCCUUUGCCCCUGAGGAACACCAGCAUUCCAACUUUUACAGUCACUUGAAAAAAAAAAAGAUAGGCUGGUUAACACACUGUGUGAAAUUGAUUAGCCUAUCUCUGGCUUACUUGGAAGUGUAAUUCAAAAGAAUUAUCUCUUAUACAAUGUAGCCUGCCCAGAAGAUAAUUCCCUUCCUAGUAGUUACUGCUCUCAAGAGCAUUAGCUCCUCAAUUUCUCUUCCCGCAAAAAUGUUCUUAGGGUAGUUUAUAGUGCCCAUUCUGAUCUCCUUAGUUUAUCCCCCUUCUCCAAGCCCAGUUCUUCAACACCAUUAUUCCAGUGGCUGCACAAAUACAGAGGCCCCCUCGAUGGCAGUCAAGAUACAAAUAAAAACCUAAUUCAUUUCUGCCCCUAGGUGAUCAAAAGGUCUGUUGGUCAAUCUCAGAUGCUACCAGACUCUUGAACCCUUAGAAUAGUGCAAGUUAAAAGCUGUAGAUAAUAGUGUAACAUGGACCCAUUCGAGGUGUAUCAAGGGCAAGCUGCAGAGGCAAUAAGAUUUAAGUCAGCAUGACUUCCUGCCAGCUCUGGAUAGGAAGAGAAUAUAAUAAAGUGUGUGUGUGUGUGUGUGUGUGUGUGUGUGUGUGUGUGUGUGUUUGUGUGUGUGGUCUUAACCAUGAAACUCUCUUGGGGACUCUGGGAAAGAGGCAGUCUCUCAGUUACAUCUACCUCCUUUGUUAUGAAAUUCUGAAACAGAACACAACUAAGUUUGUGCUCCUGGGAUUAUAAAUGAGUGAGUCAAUGUUUGAAUAUUGACUAUCUUUGACUGCCAUUCUGGCCUGCUUCAUUUUCCAAGAAAAUGGAAAAUUUUCCAGUCUACACAUUCAUUUCUUCAACCCAUUUCUUCACACAGGCUCAGUCUUGACUUUUUCAUUCUCCACCUUCGCUUUCUCAAGAGACUGAAUUGGAGCCUGCGGCAUUGGAGGGCGCAAUGUUUCAGCAGCAACAGCAAGAGUUAACACUGGGCUGAAUCGCCGCCCUUGGCAUCCUCCACCAGAGACCUGAUUAGGAAGGGCUCUGCUUCUGCCCCUGGUGGACUUUGACAAGGAGCAGAACUUAUACUUGCUGUGUGCAGCAGAAGCUAAGCAAGCUAAAGGCUCUUAAAGGGGUAGGGAUUUGCUAUUACUUUGACUGUGCAGUUUGCUCAAGUUAUCUCUAUAAGCUUAUCUUCAGAGAGGUAAGGAGGAACAACAGGGGCGGGAGGCCUUAAACCAGCAAUGUGGUGCUGCAUUCUGCUCUUCAGUGUGGUUUGGGCUGUGGUCUGGUUCUUCCGUGACCAGCAGACUUUGAGCAACUUCAGAGACAAGUAUGUUUUCAUCACGGGUUGCGACACGGGUUUUGGGAACUUGCUAGCCAAAAAACUUGACAAAAAGGGUUUCCGAGUGCUGGCAGGCUGCUUGACUCAGAAGGGAGCUGAUAACUUGGACCGCACCAGCUCGUCAAACUUGCGCACCACACUGAUUGAUGUUACCAGCUCCGAAAGCAUCUGCAAAGCAGUGGAAUGGGUGAAAGCUGAAGUGGGUCGAAAAGGACUCUUCGGUCUGGUGAACAAUGCAGGUUUAGGCAGCUCUAUUGGCCCCACAGAAUGGAUGACCGUGGAAGACUAUCGCAAAGUCAUGUCUGUUAACACCUUUGGAAUGAUCGAGGUAUCGUUGGUCUUCCUGCCAUUGCUCAAGCAAGCACGUGGCCGAGUAGUCAAUGUUUCCAGCGUCCUGGGGCGGGUUUCAGCCAAUGGUGGUGGCUACUGCGUUUCCAAAUACACAGUGGAGGCCUUUUCUGACAGCCUCAGGAGGGACAUGCAUCAUUUCGGGGUAAAAGUCUCCAUUGUAGAGCCAGGCUUUUUCAAAACAGCCAUGACUAAUCUUGAAACAAUAGAGGUUGCCCUACGGCACUACUGGGAUCGAAUGAGCCCUGAAGCCCAGCGGAGCUAUGGUGAAAAUUUCUUUCACAAUUACUUGAAAGUCCAGAAGUUCAUCAUGAACAUCAUCUGUGAUUCUGAUCUCAGCAAAGUGACAAACUGCAUGGAGCACGCCCUUCAAGCCAAGCACCCUCGCUCUCGUUACAGUGCAGGAUGGGAUGCUAAGUUUCUGUGGCUGCCAAUCUCUUAUCUACCUUCCUUUUUGGUGGAUAUUUCCCUGUCUAUCAUCUUACCAAAGCCAGCUCAGCGGGUGCGCUAAAAGCUGCCUCAUGAUCAAGCUUGAGGCCUAAAUAUUGACAAAUCAUACUCCUGAAAAUAAUAAAUAAAAAGAUUAU